AUGUAUAGAACACAUCUAUUGAAAGCUACAUGGAUUUUCAGGAUGGAGAACGAAAGCCGAGAGAAGGCGUAUACGCUGAUAACGUACACGGCAGCUGCAUUCUCGCUGGUGGCCAUUCUGGCCGUUUUUGUGACACUGCCCAUGGUCAACAACUACGUGAACAACGUGAAUGCACGUGUGGCACUGGAAAUGGAAUUCUGUCAG